UUCAUAUCCAGACCCUGCGCGAGUACAGUUAGAUACUACAACAUCCAACAUGGCGAACCGUGCGAUGUCGCGAAGACUAACGAAUAAGUGGGCAAUAGACUUGACUAGUCGACCUCGUUAUGUGCCCGAUAGACAGUUUGUUCAGCAUAGUGAGCUUCCAGCACCACUUGGGUACACAGAGCACAAAGUUCAGCAUGUGGAAUCACGAGAGGCAAAUAGCACUCACCUUGUGGCAAAGAAAUCUUGGGAUAUAGCUCUUGGACCAUUCAAGCAAGUUCCAAUGAAUCUGUUUAUUAUGUACAUGGCGGGUAAUUCUAUUUCUAUUUUCCCAAUCAUGAUGGUGGGUAUGAUGUUCCUGAGGCCAGUCAAAGCUCUCCUAGCCAUCAAAUCAACUUUUGUAUCUCUUGAAGGAGAACAUGACCAUGUUGCUCUUCAAAAAUUUUUCUAUCUUCUUGGAAACCUUUCUCUUGUUGCACUGGCGCUUUACAAAUGUCACUCCAUGGGACUCUUACCAACUGCCACAUCAGACUGGUUGGCAUUCAUGGCACACAAGACUAGAGUUGAGUACAGCGGAGGAGGUUUCAUUCUUUAGCAUCAGAGAAAGUUAUUUGUUGUCACAAAAGUAGCACUCCAGGCCGGCUUCUUUUGUUUACAUUUCUUAACCCUUUAACUUCCAAGAUCUCAUUAGUAAUUCUCCCUAUUGUCAGCUAUAUAGUUC